AUGGCAUGUUCUCCUCUUCUCCAGCCACUAAUCUCUGAUUUGGUUACAACUGCUGCUGCGGUUAGCCAGCAGCAGCUUCAGUACACAGCACUGCUUGGAAACCCGUUAAGAUACUUCCCAACACAGCUCAUGGUUUAUCCUCUUGCUUAUGGACUUCCUGCUGUUGAAAUGUCUUCUCCUCAAUAUCAGUGCUCGCCUAGCGCGUUUCCUCCUCCAUCACCACAACCAACCCAGUCUCCGAGAGAGCAUUCUCAUAAAAAGCGAGCUUUGAAGGAGAAGGAUAACUCAAUCAGCAAUGACUGGACGAAGCAUCAGCAUUGGAGAAGUCCUAAAAAGGAACGUGUAUCUUCAUCUGUAAGCAAAGAGGCCACCUAUGAUGGAACAAGCUGGCAAGCACCUCCGGUCCGCUAUGGAACAGUUUCAUCCGUUUCCGGUUACGCCCCUUUACAUGGAAAUGCACUAAUUCCAAACAACCUUCCCUGCUCUAACCCAACUAGUUUCUAUCCAUACUAUUGA